AUGAUAAACUCGCCGGAGUUCCAAAAGGAGAUUGAUGCGCGACUUGCACAGGAGCGCGAAAGGCGAGAGAGGACAAUGAAAAGCGACAUCGAACGAGAGAAAUCUCGUAUACUUGAAGACUUCAGAAGGAAAGAGGAAGAGGAAAAACGGUCAAAACAAAAGCUGGAAGAUAUCUUGGCAGAAAACGAACGGAAAGUCCGACUGGAGCAGCAGCGUCAAGCGGAGGAACAGGCGAAGGCAGACGAACUUCGCCUCAUGGAGCUACAAAAACUGCAGGUUGCUAGGGAAGAAGAGAGACGAAAAAAGGCGUUGGAGGAGAAGGAGGAACCAGGAUCCUCAAACCAGCCACUUCCCCGGCAGAGGCUAGCCUUCAAGAUGAAAACAUCUUCUCUAUUCUAA